CUCACGCACCUUCUGUUGGCUCCUCCUCCGUCCUCCCCCAAGCGCCCCCUCUCGGCCGGUCGAAUUUCCGGGGAGGGGGAUUGGGGGGAUUUGAUAUAUAUCGAGAGAGUAGUGUUUGUCCCCCGAUUCCUCAUGCGUGGCGCCCAAAACCUAGAGAUCCUUUUUUGCGCCCGAAACCUUCCUGAGCUGGUCCGAUUCGGUGCCGUUAGAGGGGAUCUGUGUACCUCGCCGCCGGCCGGCGCUGUCGAUCUGGUUGUCUUCCACGGUUGGUUUCCAGACGGGGACUCCGCCGGCGCGGCGCGGCGCGGCGCUCACCCGCAUCCGCCGCCGCUUUUCUACCGCCCGCGGGGCUGGGUCCGGCUCUGACGGUUGAGUCUGGUGGCGCAGGCGGAACUGCACCCCAUGGAAAUGGAAUCGAGAGAACUUACACGCUGCUUCGCAACCGUAUUAUGCAGUUAUUACUGAAAAGAUAAUACAGUACCUAUGGCUUCUCUGGACGCCGUGCGAGGAGACCUCGCCCUGCUGAUUCUGUACCUGAACAAGGCCGAGGCGCGGGACAAGAUCUGCCGAGCGAUCCAGUACGGGUCCAAGUUCAUCAGCAACGGGGAGCCAGGGCCUGCGCAGAACGUCGACAAGUCCACCAGCCUGGCCCGGAAAGUGUUCCGGCUCUGUAAGUUCGUCAACGACCUGCACGCUUUGAUCAGCCCUCCUGCCAAGGGGACUCCGCUCCCGCUGAUCCUACUCGGGAAGUCCAAGAACGCGAUGCUGUCGACUUUCCUCUUCCUGGACCAGAUCGUGUGGGCGGGGAGGACAGGAAUAUACAAGAACAAGGAGCGGGCGGAGUUUCUCGGGAGGAUAGCGUUCUACUGCUUCCUCGGCUCCAACACCUGCACGGCCAUCAUCGAGCUAGCCGAGCUGCAACGGCUGUCCACGUCGAUGAAGAAGCUGGAGAAGGAGCUGAAGCACCAAGAGCUGUACAAGAACGAGCAGUACCGCAUGAAGCUGCACAAGUCGAACGAGCGGCUGCUGGCGCUCGUCAAGUCGAGCCUGGACAUCGUGGUGGCCGUGGGGCUCCUGCAGCUGGCCCCGAAGAAGGUGACCCCCCGCGUCACGGGCGCGUUUGGCUUCGCCAGCUCCCUCAUCGCUUGCUACCAGCUGCUUCCAAGCCCACCAGCAAAGCAGAGCAAGUGAGGACUCCCACUCCAAGCACUGUUUACCAGGAAAAUAAUCCCCCCCGGAUAGGUUUGAUUUGGUUGCCACAUCCCCUUGUAUGGCAGACUAGACUAAUAUAUGUAAUCAUCAUCAUAAUAAUUGAUAAACCAUCCCACUAUGGAUAGGUUUGGUC